GAUUCAGUUUAUCUUCGGACGCCGCGGCGGCAAGACCCGAUUUUAACUGCAGUACUCGUGAACAACUUUCGUAAAUUAUACGCGGCUGAGCUAUAGCUUGCGCAGAUAUAGACAGCAAGUUUGUUUUUUAUAUAUAUUGGCAAGGAUAUCUCGAUAUCAACUCAAUCAAGUGCAAGUACAAAGCCGGAUGCUUUUGGUGUAGCAUGGAAUUGUUCAUUCCUUCAGUGCAGUGUAUUGUGAAGAUUUGCGUUUUGUGCCGGUGAAUCAGCUGUGGCAGGUUGACCUUUGACGUCGCGACGUCGGGUGAUAGACGGUGUGUUCUACAUGUAUGCUCACACAGCGGCAGGGGAAAAGGCAAAACAACAACCGCCGGAAAAUUCUGCAUGUGCAAAAUCGCAAACCAAGUGAUUCAAACACAAUUAAAAUAGAUAGCGGCAAAUCGCUACCGACCGGCCGACUUUCAUCCCGAGACUGUGCGUUGUGUGUUAGAAUACUGGUGUUCGCGGCAUGCUGCAUGUGAUUUAGUGAUCCUUCUUGUGAAAAAUUAACCUUAAACGUUUCGCGAACAUCCAUAUGAAGAUAGUAGUUUUAUAAAAAAAAAAACGCAAUCUAGCAUAAUGAAUACGAGGCCAUGGUUGAAAGUAUUGCGGUUUCCAAAAACGAACUGAUCGUGUAGGCAUUGCUAGCUCCGAAUAACUGAUCAUCAUUGAAUGUUAUCGAUGGACUACGAAUUUUGGAAAACUACAACAAAAACGAUGCUAAAUCGCUUUGGAGUGCUGCACGGGGCAUUCCUGCUGCUGCUGAUGAAUAGUCAAACGUCGCUGAUAAUCUCCGCGAAAACGUUCAACAAAGACAGGUCGGGCGGCGUGGAAGCGAUGAGCGGUCUCUGUCCGCGCUCCCGUGUUACACCACCAGAGGAGAUUCAGCAACGAGCAGCGAUCGAAGAGUGGUCCAACGCUGUGCCGGCAACGAUCCUGAUGGAAGAUGAACCGGUGCUGAUGGUGGCGAACGAAAGAAGAAUGAGAUAUGUGAUUCGUCUCACGGAAACUCAUCCCCUUUCUAUCGUCGUCACUCCUUCUUGCACGCCCACCUCUAGUGCUGAGAUUCUAUGGACAAUAGUUUAUAACGAAACUGCUAUUCUCAAAAGUAACAACGCAUUGAGACAAAAUACUUUCCAGCAAUCUUGUGCACCACGGGGUCUGUACCAUGUUUGGGUUGACAUCACCGACAACGACUAUUGCGAAGCGGAGAUUUCCUACAACACUCGGAGUUUAACAGACCUUUGGCCGCUUUUGAAUCAAACCACACUUCCUCCGAUCAAAUACCAUCAGCAUCCGCGGAAGCGUCAACUGCUAGUUAAAUGGGGAAAAAGCAAGUUCGAUAUUCACGCAAUGCACUAUUGUCUAGUGAUCAGUCGUGAUCACCCACAACGAACACUGUGCCAAGCGCUUGGUAACUCACAACUGGGAUCAAAAUGUAUUGCAUCAAGCAUGCAAAUCCUUCAAAGAAUCAAUAUCGAAGAAGAAAAAAAAGUACCACAAGAUGCAAAAACUACCAUUGCUUGCACUGGCGUUCGCACAAAACAGUUGAUCAAGGGUAUGAAGUCAAAUAAUACCUACUAUCUCGAUGUAUUUGCAAUUCACACCCAGAGGAAUAAUCUUUCCUAUCUACUUGGAUCUACAAUAGUUCGUGUAAAUCGACCAAGGCCGACUCAACUUCUUGAAGGAAAACUGUUUGUCGGUAAACUUUCCGCUUUCGGACGACUAACGUUGUUUAGCUUUAAAGUCCCAAAGCGAUCACCGGUCAAUAGCACACUGAAACUUUUGAUAACACCUUGCGGCGGGACCGUCAAUUUGGAAAUAUACCGACUGAAACGUUUGUUUCUUAAGCCAAUAACGGAUAUUUACUACCCUAGGGUAAUCAAUGUUGGCACUGCUGUUCCGGGAGAGCGUUAUCUGAUCCAGAUUUCCGAAGCGGAUGAACACUUCCGUACCAAUCGGAUACAGAUCGCGGUUACUACCAAAGAAGAGUUUGCCAAUCUACCACAACUACCUAGCAACACAACGGUAGCCGAGGUAACACAACUCCGAAGCUGCCACGCAACAACUAUUGCUUGGUACAGCACACCGGACAGACGAAAGAUCAGAUAUUGCACAUACAUAUUCAAGCAGUACACAAAGCAUCAGUACUACAGUGAUAUAAAGAUGCCAUCCUACUGUGAACUGGAGAUUCGAAACAUUGAUAACAAUCCUCAGUUGCAGCAAAUGCAAUGCAUCUUCGCAGAUCAAACAAACUACACCGACAUCGUACCCAAUUCGAUGACUAUCAGUAACCUAGCGCCGGCCCACUACUAUAUGAUCUUUGUAACGGCUAGUCUGGGAAAUGGGCGCAGUAUACCGUACCGAUCGGCACGAAUCAAGACCCAUCCGUAUUGUCGGGAGAAUGACACUAGUCUUUAUCAACAGCAAAGGUUACGUGGAGUUUCGGUGAUAAAGAACCAGCAGCAACUGCCGCACUUCCGUAGUAACAGUAGUAACAUGUUGAAAUUAGUAGGUUCUCACAAACAGAAACAAAUCACCGAUCGACGGAACAAUCGACUUAGACGGGAUAAUAAGUAGAAUGGGGUUCGAACUUUCGAUUUCAUCUGAUGGUGAACCAUACAGACAAUAUUUGAUUCACACAAAGCAACGGUUCAAAUAUUCUGCAGACAAACAAUCUCCCCACCAAAGACAUGUGUGAGCACAGAUAAAUUCAGUCUAAUUGGUUUGGCACCGGAUCAAAGUCGAGCAGACUAAUUUCUGUAAAGUCAGACGGGACACUAGAAAUGGGAAUGGAGCCCUGAUUUAUAGUUUUCACAUCCCUAUGUUACACACAAUCUGAUGUUCAAGGAUAGGGUGGAUACUAGUUCAAGCUGCACGCUUAUGUAAAAGAAUCGUUCUAGUUGUUUUUCUUUUGGUACGCUUGUCGAUUUCAGAUAACAGAAACGGUUUAAUAUAAACCCAACGGCUACAAUAGAUAUCUCUAGAUAGAUUCUUAGUGGCACCCCAGUACACAUACUCAAUUUCGGGACAGGCGUUUAUGAACAGUUGGAGUAUUGUUCGAGAAAAAAAACAACGCACCGAAAUUGUUUUCUACCAAUUUUUUUCGAGCUACAGCAUGUGGGGCUACAAGUAUACGGCUCCGUAUUUGAAUACGUAUGUAUACCUAGAGACUAACGGUAUGCUGAAAAAGUAGAAUAAAAUGUAUUUCUUCAAUAAAUUAAGCUAGAGACAGCAGUGAGACAAGCUUGGGCACAAAGUGUAAAAGUUAUAAAAUUUAUUGUCACCAAAAGGAUAUUUUAAUCAUAUACUUGUAGGAACUAUUUACAAUUAUAGGAAAACCGUUGUUAUUAAAACGUAAAAAUGCUUUUUUCUCUGCUACCGUUGAGUGGGAGUUUGAAAAAGAAGCAUCAGCACAUUGUUAUAGGUGGAAUGAUGUCAUUUUUUUCAUGAAAAUUCAUAAUGCUGCAACGGAGAAAACUGAAUUUGCGCCUUUCAUCUCUCUCUGUUUUCCUAAGAUUGCAAAUUGUAUCUUAAUAUACUUAUGAAUAAGUGUAGUUUUUGAGUGCUUCAAGUGUUUUGCUUAGUUCACAGGAUAGCCAUAGAUGAGGAACAUUUGAUUGUAGUUCUACAGAUUUUGCCAUGUAGCACAUUGUGUUUUGUAUAGUAAACAAUAAGAAUCAUAUUAACCAAAAUAACAAUAGUUUUGGUAACUGGAAUGAGCAAGUUGUACUUAAGUUUAAGAGUAAAGUCUUAAAUAUAGGAUUUUUAAGUCGAGUGCAUUCUGCUUAUAUAUUGAUUUUAUAAGCAUUAUCAUACUUCUAUUCUUCGGAAGAAUAUUUAUUCAAAAAUUAUUUGUAAUAUUGUGAUCGCAUUGUAGAAGUUUCUACAAAUAAACACAGUGUUCUUCUA